ACCGCAGGGCUGUAAAACUACAAAACGUGCUGAAGACACAGCAGCGCAUUCAUAGCUCUCCAGCUAGGUUAGACAACACACAGUUCCAAGUCCACCGCAAGGAGGAUUACAUAAAUUGACACCGAGUAACGUUAGUAGUUUAGCGUCAACUUUCAAUUACACGCGCAGGGAGAGCACCGUCAGAAUGUCGGAGCAGUACAUCAACCAGAUCCCGGGGAUUGAGGACACCGGAACUAACGGGACUCCUAAAUAUGAGUCUAUUGAUGCUGUCAAGUCCCUUCAAGGUUCAACCGUUAGUUUCCAUAACAUCCACUAUAAGGUGACGCAGAGGAGCGGCUGUCUGUGUAUCAAGAGGAAGACUACCACCAAAGACAUUCUCAUAGAUCUGAACGGUCUGAUGAAACCAGGGCUGAACGCUAUCAUGGGGGCCACAGGAAGCGGGAAGUCAUCGUUUCUGGAUGUCCUGGCAGCCAGGAAGGACCCAGCAGGUCUGGCUGGAGAGGUGUUGAUAGACGGAGCUCCUCAACCUCCCAACUUCAAAUGUCUCUCAGGAUAUGUGGUCCAGGAUGAUGUGGUGAUGGGGACUCUGACUGUGAGGGAGAACUUCCGUUUCUCUGCUGCGUUGCGUCUCCCGUCCUCCGUCAGCCAGAAGGAGAAGGAGGACAAAGUCAACCGACUCAUCACAGAACUGGGCCUCACUAAAGUAGCAGACUCACGGGUUGGUACCCAGUUGAUCAGGGGUAUAUCAGGAGGGGAAAGGAAGAGGACAAACAUCGGUAUGGAACUGAUCAUCGACCCUCCUGUUCUCUUUCUGGAUGAACCCACCACAGGCCUGGACGCUAGCACAGCUAACUCUGUACUACUACUGCUCAAGAGGAUGUCUAGUCAUGGCCGUACCAUCAUCCUGUCCAUCCACCAGCCUCGUUAUUCCAUCUACCGUCUGUUUGACAGUCUGACUCUGCUGGUUAGCGGUAAACAGGUUUACCACGGCCCCGCUCAGAGGGCUCUGGACUACUUCUCUGACAUCGGGUACACUUGUGAACCCCACAACAACCCGGCUGACUUCUUCCUGGACGUGAUCAAUGGAGAUUCUACCGCAACCGCCUACGAUAAGAUAAAGGAAGCAGACGACUCGGACCCAGACAGGGUAACCAGUUCCAGGCAGAACAUCGAGGACCAUCUGGUCCAGGAGUACCGGGGGAGUCAGUUCUAUGGAGAGACCAAGGCCCAGUUAGAACGCAUCACCAUGAACAGAGAGUACAGUGUGAAGACUCCCUCUCGGACCAUCACGUACAACACCUCCUUCUCUACUCAGUUCAGAUGGGUCCUGAAGAGAACCUUUACUAACCUCAUCCUCAACCCUCAGACAUCCUUCGCUCAGAUUGGAGUGACUGUAUUCCUGGCCCUCAUCGUUGGGGCAAUAUUCUUUGGAGUGAAGAAUGACCAGAGUGGCUUACAGAACAGGAUGGGUGCUCUAUUCUUCAUCACCACCAAUCAGUGUUUCAGUUCCCUGUCUUCUGCUGAGCUCUUCAUCACCGAGAGAAAACUGUUCAUUCAUGAAUACAUCAGCGGUUACUACAGAGUAUCAGUCUACUUCCUGUGUAAGAUACUCAGUGACAUCAUAACCUUAAGGACGCUCCCUGCCAUCUUCUUCAGCUGUGUGGCUUACUUCAUGAUCGGGUAUAAAGCUACAGUGGAGGCCUUCUUCGUGUUCAUGUUGACCGUAGCUCUGGUAGCCUAUACAGCUACUGCAAUGACCAUGGCAAUUUCAGCUGACCAGAGUGUUGUGGCGAUCGCCAACAUCUUCAUGACCAUAUCCUUCGUCUUCAUGAUGAUCUUCUCAGGCCUGUUGGUGAACCUGCCCAGUAUUGUUGAUUGGCUAGCCUGGUUCCAGUACCUCAGCAUCCCUCGGUACGGACUAACAGCUCUCCAGAUUAAUGAGUUUGUAGGUCUGCAGUUCUGUGGAGACAUUCCCCACAACGGCACCUUGCCCCCUGGUAUGAUGUGCACGGGGGAAGACUUUCUGAAGAACCAGGGGAUCGACUACACCACGUGGGGGCUGUGGCAGAAUCACGUUGCCCUGGCGAUCAUGACCGUAAUCUUCCUGGCCAUCGCGUACCUCAAACUACGUUUCAUCAAGAAGUUCACAUAGAGGUCAGGGGUCACAGGUUAAGCCUAUUGUACACCUUCACCUUCCUGUUCCGUCCCCUUUGUCCGCUCAAACGAAAUGCUGCAAUAUCCAACUUCCACUGAAAUGUCAGUUCCACAGAACACUUGUUAAAGGAGCAAAAAGUUUGAUUGAAGCGGAAGGUGAAAUUAGGCAUUAGACGUCAGAGGUCAUCAUCAUCAUCCAAGAGCUAUUGUGCCAAACCAAUAAAUUCAAUGAUUUCUCCACCAAAUGUGUCUUAUCUACAGAUGUUUAAAUCAUCUCUCAAGAUGUCUGGGAUUAUUUUUUAACCACUUCUGUUUUUUUAUGACGUGCAAUUUGUUUUAUCGAUGCAACACAACGUGUAUUGAUACCAAAUAUAUUGAUGAUUUGGUGCGCUGUAAACACAGAUACUAAAUACUUAUGCAGUAGUCCAAAAGGUACCCUGUUCACUACUGUUGAACAGGGCCCCUAGGACUGUGGACACAAGAAGUUUACUAUAAAGGGACUAGGGUGCUGUUUAGGACACAGUCCUAGACAUUGUUUCUAUUAGCGUUUUGUACACUCCGUUUAAACGCUUCUACACUAACACAUGAUCGACAGCUCAGGAGGCUGGUGAGGGGAGGGCGGUGCAUAAUAAUGGCUGGAAUGGAAUCAGUCACAUGGGAACCACGUGUUUGCUACCAAUCCCUUAAUUCUGUUCCCAUGCCAUAACUAUGAGCCAAUCCUCCCCACCAGCCACCUGUGAUGAACAGUAUAACAAUGAUAAUUAUGCAAAAAAUAAAGAAGAAUAAAUUGUAAUAUCAA